UUUAUUCAACAAAACCUGUCUAGAGCACCUGCUUCGCCUCCGGACUCGCGAAUCCCACUGUGUGUUCAGCGUGUCCACUUCAGGCUUACAGAUCCGGAAUGGAAUUCGGGGGUUUCCGGGGUUUCCUCUGGAUCUCCCAUCGCGGCUGACAGGCGCAGCCAGAAAACCUUGAUGUUGUCUUCGGUUCCUCUCUACCUUACACCCCACAUUUCAUCAGGAAGUCCCGUGGGCCACCCCCACCGCCUUGGCGCCUCGUCUCCCUGAGAUUCACUUAUCUGAAAGUGCCCCAGGGAUGGAUGAAACUGUUGCUGAGUUUAUCAGGAGGACCGUCUUGAAAAUCCCCAUGUCUGAAGUGAUGACAGUCCUCAAAGCCUGGAAUUUUUUGUCUGAAAGUCAACUGCAGACGUUAAACUUGCGGCAGAGAAAGGACUCUCUGGCUCAAAGUGUGGUUCUGCUAUGUGAGGAGAAGUGUGCCAGUCUCAGCGAUGCGGCCCUUUUAGACAUCGUUUGUACUCAAGUUCAUCGGCACCAGAAAAUCUGGGAUGUUUAUCAGAUGAGUAAAGGACCAGGUGAAGACCUUGACCUGUUUGAUAUAGAACAGUUCAAAAGUUCAUUUAAGAAAAUUCUGGAGAGAGCACUAAAAAAUGUGACGGUCAGCUUCAGAGAUGCCGAGGAGAAUGCAGUCUGGAUUCGAGUCGCCUGGGGAACGCAGUACACUAAGCCAAACCAGUACAAGCCUACUUACGUGGUGUACUACUCCCACACUCCCUAUGCCUUCACUUCUUCCUCCACGCUCAGGAGCAAUAUCCCCCUGCUGGGUCAGGCCCUGACAGUCGCUAGCAAACACCAUCAGAUUGUGAAAAUGGACCUGAGAAGCAGAUACCUAGACUCUCUGAAGGCUAUUGUUUUCAAGCAGUAUAAUCAGAACUUUGAAAUCCACAACCCUACAACACCUCUACAGGAAAGGAGCCUCGGGCUGGACAUAAACACAGAUUCAAGGAUCAUUCAUGAAAAUGCAGUAGAAAAAGACAAAGUACAGAGAAUAACUCAAGAAACUUUUGGAGACUACCCUCAACCACGACUAGAAUUUGCACAAUAUAAGCUCGAAACAAAGUUCAAAAGUGACUUAAAUGGGGGCAUCCUGGCUGACAGGGAAGAACCACUGAGGUGCCUGAUAAAGUUCUCCAGCCCACAUCUGUUGGAAGCUUUGAAAUCCUUAGCACCAGCUGGAAUUGCAGAUGCACCGCUCUCUCCAUUGCUCACUUGCAUACCCAGCAGGGGAAUGAAUUAUUUUAAAAUUAGAGACAAAUAAGAUCCAUGUGGCUUUGUAAGUGCAGCAGCUCCCUGACUACACAUAGUACUACGUAUUUGUUAAUGGCUAUUUGGAGAGCUUCUUUCCAUGAAUUUGUACAGCUUCUUUCUAUGAGUUUGUGUUUUAUAAAUUAAUUAUUGGUAUUGAAAGUUUAGAAACCUUCAUAUAAUUGUUGGGACUGUUUCCUCACCGCCAUGUUCUGCCAGGGAUAGCAGCCUUGGGCAUUUGAGAUUCCACAGGAUAUUGAUGGUUCCAGACCUGACCCCGAGUACCAGCCUGCUCUGAGUCAGGCAGGAGGCACGGUGGUGGAGCCUGCUGGCAUUGUGUCCAGUGUCCUCUCUCCCACUCCGGCCUCUUCUCUAUCAUGGGCAUAUCUGGUUUCAGUGUGUCCAGAUUUUCUUGUAAACCUUGAAUCACAUAAAUAAACACCAAGAAACUACACCUGACUCUAAAUUUCUGGGAAAAUCAUAGUUAGUCUGUUCAGAGGGAAGAGUUGGGCCCAUGAAGUUGUUAUUGCAAGAGGCUGUUUAUCUGAUAAUUGAGUUAUAUAAAAUCAUUGUUUUGUUGUAAAUAUAACUUUUCAUAAUUUUUUAUCAUAUGUAAUGUUCAAACUGACCAUUAUUAUACUCAUUUGUGAAUAAAGACAUUGA